GGUCAAUCCUUGGUCUUAGAUCUAGAUCAAGAGAUAUGGUUGGAAGCACAUUCGCGAAAAUACUCGACAAACAUUGCCUAGAGGGGCACAAUUUCCCAUCAUGGUAUCGUAAUGUCAAGAUUCUCCUAACGUUGGAGAAGAUUAUUUACGUACUUGAUAAGCCUCUUCCUGACAUACCUCUUGGCCCUGAGGCCACAGAGGAUGAACGUGCUAAGUAUGACAAGCACGUUGAGGAUGAUACACAAGCCAAGUGCUAUCUGUUGGCCUCCAUGAAUGAGGAGCUACAGAGACAGCACGAGGGCAUGGACAGUGCAUUUUCCAUAAUACUCCAUCUUACGGAGUUAUAUGGUGAAGGGACGCGCAACCGUCGCUUUAACACUGUUUGUGAACUUGUGAAGACCAAGAUGGUCAAAGGGGCUCCAGUGAGCAACCGAUUUAAAGGUGGUGGGAGCAGUUACAUGGAUGUUCGGAACCGAAGCACCACCAUCAGGGAGGAUCAUUAUCCCCGCCCAUUCAUUGAGCCGUAUUAUGGAAGUGUUGAAGGGCAUGUUGUGGAGAAGAUCCCAUUCCAUGCCGUGAGCCCUAGUGGAGAUUAA